AUGGCGUCGGCUUCGGCACUGGCGCCUAAAAAGACGUACGAUAUCGUACAACAAGGAAUCAAAGAAUUGCACAACCCCGCAAAUGCCGACAUCGAUAUUGUCGCAGUUCCAGGACUCGGCGCGCCUCCACUAGAAAGCUGGAAGUCUGCAGACCCAAAGCUUGAAUUCAACUGGCUUACCGAUCGAGAUGGCCUGGCGAAAGAAUUCCCACGCGCCCGUAUUCUGCUCUAUAUGUACCAAUCCGCUUGGACAGGCCCUCUGAAAGUGAGACAAUUCAUGUCAAAUCUGGCCAUGACACUCCUCUAUGGUCUCAAAGAAAAACGAAAGGACGCCCCGCGACGGCCUAUUGUCUUCAUUGGCCAUAGCAUGGGUGGAAUCGUUAUCGCUAAGGCCAUCAGUAUUGCGGAAUCGCGCAGAGACCUUUUUGGGAAAAUGUUUGAAGCUGUAACUGGAUGUAUCUUCUUCGGUACCCCGUUCCAGGGAGCUAGUGUAGCCGCGGCGGCUUCCAUGUUCGCCCAAGUCAGCGAGUUCCUGAAUCUCGACCAGGCCACCGCAUCUAAGCUUUUAGAUCUCAUGAAGCCUGAUGAUGAGAGCUUACGCGACAUCAGAAACGAAUUCGUGCGGCUAUCCACAAAAAUGAGUCCCAAAAUCGAACUAUGGUGCUUCUAUGAGGAAAGGCCGACGGAUUGGAGUAAACAGAUAGGUCUACCAUUUAGGGUACCGAUUCCCAAGAAAUUCGAAGAUUUUGUGACACGUGAAUCCGCCACUCUCACUGGGGUCGAUAACAUGGGACUUGCACGAAUCCACCGAGAACUAGUUAAGUUCGAUAGUUUCAAAGAUACUGUCUAUCAGCUUGUCAGAGGUCCCCUUAAGACUAUUAUCAAUAGCGCCCCCUUAAUUGCAAAAAAUAGGUUCAAUUCUACGCGAGGGAUUGAUAGGGAGGUUGUCAAAAAUGUACUAAACGCGUUGGAAGGCGUACAAGUCGAAAAGAAACGCAAGCGAUCCACACAAGGGGUCAUCUCGUCCUCCUGGAUACUGCAAGAGCAAGAAUACAAACAAUGGCUCCAAAAAGACGAACAGCGCUCUAUUGACUGUCUAUGGGUCUUAGGCCCAGAAGGGAAAGGAAAACUCGGCGCCUCGCUCGCCGCUCUCGACCACAUCGAGGACACGCUUCGAAAAGAGGAGGCUCAAAACUCAGGGCAAGCAGCCAAUUUAUUAGCAUAUUUUCUAUGUGACCAAACAAGUGAUGGUUCUAGCCCGGAAGAGCUGCUCAAAUCAUUCCUGCGACAGUUGGUGAACCAGCAGGAGGUGCUUGCCGCAUAUGCAAAACAGUUCGUUAACACUCAAAAGGACACAGGCGUUCGAGGGAAAACACAAGCUGGCUUGACGGUUGAAAAUCUUUGGCAAAGCUUACAAGACAUGCUCACUGAUGAGCUCCUCGGGACAGUUUACUUCGUAGUCAACAACCUUCAUCUAAUGGAUGAACAAGCGGAUUCAGUUAAAAAGCUAAUGACAUUGAUUGGAUCCGAGUGGCAGGACUCGGGGCGCCCACGAGCUCGCGUCAGAUGGCUUUUUACCAGUCAAACAAGGCAUAGCAUUAAGCAAGCCCUAGAUUCUCAAUUCACUCGUGUCAUUGAUUUAGACAACGAAAAAUAUGGCGGCCAGGUCCAGCAAGAACUUAGGAUGCAUGCGCAAAAAAAGAUUGCGGCUUUAGGCAUGGAAAAGGGUUACAACAAAGCUUUAACUUACUUUGCUGGCAGUCUGAUCGGGAAACGAGCCCAGAAUACACAAUGGAUCGAUAUAACCAUCAUCCAAUUAGCUGAGCUUCCCACCGACGCUAAAGAUUUGAAGGUGCGGUCGCUACUCGAACGGAUUCCUCAAGACUUGCGAUCCCUGCUAGACCGCGCCUGGAUCUCCGUUCUAGACCCAAAAGACGACAAGCUAGAGGAAAUCAAGGAGAUGUUACGAACCCUCAUUAUUACUUAUGAGGAACCAACGGAAGAUGAUCUUGCAAUACUCACUGGCCUCUCCCAUGAUGCAGAAUCGCGAGCCCACCUCUGCAGCCUUGUUGAGAAGUGUCGGCCUCUGCUAACAUUCCGCAAAUCAAGCAAUCGUAUUGGUUUUAUGAAUUCGGUUGUGAAGAUGCAUUUAUUGGAAAAUGCAGAGAAGUUGCUGGGGCUCUCGAAGGAAGAGAUCCGUUGGCAGCAUGGCAUCAUUGCACUCAGGAGUUUCUCUCACAUCACGCAAUAUUAUGCAGAGCCAGAGCCCGAAGAUACUGGCGAUAACGAUGAUUCCGAAGCUGAAGGAGAGCACGCAUUAGACCUUAGCCCUACAACCAAUCCCGAUACCGUCGGGGCUGAGGAGGUGCUAGAAAACACCCUGUCAUCAACAGAACAGCCGGCGACGGAACCACAGGAAAAUGGGGAACCUACGCAACCAACUGAGGUAGCUGAAGUCGAAUACAACUACUAUGACGAUGAAAUUUCCGACUCUGAAGAAGAGAUCGACCACAUGGAAGACCAUAGUGAAGAUACAGGAGAGCUCACAGUGUCUAACUAUGCUGUCAAACAUUGGCUACACCAUGCAAGCAAAGCCACCACCGACAUCGCAGAGAAUCUCAGCCAGGAAGAAGACUUCUGGAAAGAGGAAUCCUCUGUCCGAAAGAAGUGGCUAGUUGAAUAUAACACCUUGACAAAUGCGUUUGAUGGGGUUACUCUAGAAGGGCUUACUGGGCUACACGUUGCGGCGUCCAUAGGGUUUUCCCAAUUAGUAUCCGCCUUGAUUAAAAAUGACCACAAGGAAGAAAUUAGUGUCCGGGAUAAGUUUUUUAAUACUCCACUCCACCUGGCAGCCUUCCUCGGACGACCUAAUAUUUGCGAAGUCCUUUUGAAUAACGACGCAAAGAUUGAUGAUGGCCAAGACGCAGGCGAUCAAACACCAUUAGCUAUGGCAGCCUAUAAAGGUCAUUGCAGAGUUAUGAUAAAGCUGCUUGAUCGAGGUGCCAACCCGAAUGCAUUAGCAGAAGGAAGGCCCGUCAUCAACGAAGCCAUAGUUUCAGGGAACUUAGAAGCUGUACAGCUUCUCGUUGAGCACGGUGCUAUUCUGGCUCAAGAUGAUAACGACGACGACAACCCCGCCCCCCUAGCACUAUCCGCUCUCCUUUCAGAUCUAACUAUGUUCACUUACUUACUCGAUGCGUGCGCUGAUAAAAUACCUCACAAGGAAUACAACAAGGCCCUUAUCUCAUCAGCCAGUGCCGGAAGACUUGAGGUUACAAAGCGUCUACUCCAGUUCAAUCACGAUGUCGUAACCUUUCAAGCUGCGCUUGAAGCUGCAGCAGACGAGGAGAAUUGGGAAAUUGUGCUUCUGAUACUCGAAAGUUCGAGAGGCCUCGAUUGCGACGAUGUUUUCAGUCAAAUCGCCACAAGUAGUGAACAGCAGGACCGUUUACUCACCGCAAUCUGGAAACACACAAACGGCGUUAUUUCCCAGGAAACAAUUGACGAGUCUCUUUAUGAAGCCGUUGACAUAGAAAAGGAGUCAACUGUCAAGCUUCUACUAGAAGAAUUUGGGGCCAACGCCAACGCCACAGGUGUAGAAUAUGGGAACGCACUCACUGCUGCUGCAUUCGAUGGCACAGUAGAUAUCGUCAGAAUGCUCCUCGAUCAUAAUGCCGACGUAAACUCGCCCAACGGCUGGGCUUUACAGACCGCCGCUGAACAAGGUCACUUAGAUGUUGUUGAGUUGCUAGUCGAACGCGGAGCCAACGUCAAUGCAUGCCUUGACGAGGGAAAGUUCGGUUUGGGCACUGCCCUCCAGGGGGCAUGCGAGGCGGGGCAAGACGAUGUGGUUGCCUUCCUUCUUAAACAUGGGGCAGAUCCAAAUGUUGGUGCCGGGCCAGAGACCUGCCCAAUCAUCGCCGCUUGUAGGAGAGGCGAGGCAGACAUCCUUAAACUUCUUAUUGAUGCCGGAGCCACAAUCGAUCGCUUCGGUGGGCCCGAUAUGUCGUCUCCACUUAUAAAUGCCGCCGGUUCGCUUUACAAGGACUCGGUAGAAAGACUUCUCAACGCCGGGGCAGAUAUAAAUUUAGCGGAUCAGGAUGGUGACACCGCCCUCAUUGUCGCUGCUAAUGUUGGUGAUGCAGAACUUGUUGCAUUUUUGCUAGAGAAGGGUGCGGAUAUUACGCAUGUUAGCAAGAGAAACGUUAAUGCACUCCAAACAGCGAUGAACGCCGGGGCCACGGAGUGCGUCGAUGUACUCAUAGAAGCCGUGACUCGUGUGCUCACCGCUCUCAAUACAGCCAUUAAGAAUCAAGACUAUGAGGCCAAGAGGAUAUUGGGCAGUGUUGAUUUCAAGGAUUUAAUCCAUGAAGUGGAAGAGGAGGAUCAGGAGGAAGAGAAGGCACCGAACGAAACAAGUGGGUCAAACGAGGAAGAGGAGCAGAAUAUCGCCGCCACAAAUAACAAUAUUCACGCAGAAACUAAGACUAGCGAAGAUAUCAAAGAUAUCGAAGCUGGUAUCGCGCGCAUUGAUAUCAGUGAGCCAGAAGCGACAGCUACCCCUGUAGUAACAAACGGGGGAUCCGCCCAACCAUUUUCAAACGGCGGCAUACAAGGCGCCCCAGAUCCAAACUUCCACACCCAAGCCAGUCAAACGCAAUAUAACUGGCAGAGCUCUAUCCCACAGCCACAUUUUCCUUCUCAGCAAGUUGCAUCAAUAGAGGAGGGAUUCGAGGCUUCAAAUGUCGGGGAUAGCUUAGACGUGGUGCCUUCACCCCUCAGGCAAAAUCCCGCUUUUCCUGGUUAUCAGGAUUAUAAUAAUUUUAGGAAAAGUCAAGAUUUAGAACCAAACCCUCAAAGUCAUAAUUUUGCAUCUACAACAACCGAAACCCCUGGUGUGGCUCCCCAGUACACGGCGGCCACAGGCCCUCAGAGCGUUGCAGGAGAAAAUACCACGAACAUAGUCACCUACACAGAAACAAUGACAACUCAGCCAAUCGCUCAAUCCCAGACAGACUCACCAGCGAACGAGUUCAAACAACCGGGGCCGCAAGUUACUAUUGCUGACCAACUUCAAGCCUAUCAGCCCAUCCAAGAAACCAACAACCCCUCUUAUCAAAACUAUCAAAAUUAUCAGAGCUAUCAGCGCCCUUCCAGAAAGCCUUUGGGAAGUAGCCCAGUUAGUUCAGGGUCGCCCAAGCAAGAAGUCCCUCCAGGAGUCGAAGUUUACCCUACCUACUCAAGCCACCAAGGAUACCAAAGCCAGCAAAGUUAUCAAACCCCCCCACCAAGUCAGGGCUAUCAAAGUCCGUCACCAGUUCAAGGGUAUCAAAAUUCCGGGGAAUCUCAGAGAUAUCAGACUCCCGCAGCCAACCAGCAGGGCUAUCAUCAUGACCUCUUGCCUCAAGUAUAUCAAAGCCAAACCCCGAGUGGAGGCUACAAUUCGCCAACUACCGGCCAAGACCACCAAAACCACCGUUUACCAAGUCAGCACUACCAAAAUUACCAGAGUACCCAGCCAGGCCUUAACUACGGCCCACCAGAUUCUGCCCCGGCUCCGACCCAACAACCCCAAAGCUCCAAACCAAGUUUCGGCCACCGUCUUUCUAGCUACUUCCAAAGCUCAAGCUCUGACCAAUCAAACCAGAGCUCUAGGUACAAGUAUAACGAUUCAUGGUCAUAG